GCGUGUUGGUAGAUAUACCCAUGAGUUUGGGUUCAAGUUUGGCAAAACCCAACCCAGCUCAUUGCCAUCCCUAAGUGAGUCCAACAGGGGACUCAAUCCAGAGGUGCAUCUCCUACAGAUUGGUGGGACGACACUUCACUAAAAAUUAUAAUAGUUUCACCGAGAAGCUAGGGAUCCCGGCCUACCACGGGAGAGGACCACUCUUAAUUGCCAUCCUUGGAGCUUAUUGGGAGCCCACGAUGCAGAUGGCUAUCUUCCGGAAGCUUUAGAAGAUGAUAACAAGAGAUCAAGGAUAAAAGUUUGAUUCUAGAUACUCCUCAUCGACCAUCAUCCAGAUGCCAAUCAUCAUGUUGGUGUGCUACUUUGGUCAAACCAGGUUUAACAUGAGGCAGAAGGGAGAUGUUGGGAAGGUGACCACUAGUGACAUGAUCUUGUAUCAUGCUUUGCUGAACAACUGGUGGUUGCACCCAACAUUGUUGGUAGUGUACCUAUUGAGGUACACAUAUAUUCCUUCUCCACGAGUAGGGCUGGUAAUCAGUUAGCCGGUUAACUAUUUAACCGGUAACCGGUGGUUAUCGAUUAAAUCAAUAAUCAACGGUAACGUUAUAUGGUAGACAAAACCCAGUCGUCGGUAUACGACCCAUAACUGGUUAGUAAAUGGUGGUUACUUGACUCGACUCUACUGUCACCCUAGGAAUUGGCCAAGUGAAACCACUUCCUAAAGCGUAGUAUAGCGGGUUAGGUUUAUAUGUCAACCCGGGUCCUAGAUUUGCUGACUACUCAGUGAGUUCUUGUUAUCUAGCAAUAAAACUGGAGUGCAAGUCUAAACUACCAAACAAACAAAGCAAGUAAACUGGUUGUAUUCAGGUUAAAGAGGUCACCCGGAUAUGGUUCCCCCUAGACUGCAGUUAAGCCGGAUUGUAAUUACCAAGUUCAGUUUCUAUGAUAGUUAUACUGCGAAAGGUUCUUAAACAGCCUGAAGUCUCGACUAAAGGUCUUCAGACCCUCUUAAUCUGACUCUCUAGCGGGCGACUAACCUCCACCGGAGUAGACAGAUUGAGGCCCUAAGAACAAAACCUCCACUACCGGAGUAAAUCCGGUACAGAAUAGUGAGUUGGCUCCUCGACUAAAGUCACCAACUCCCUACCUUCAAUCAAGGAUACUCUAUUAACCUAGGCAGAUAUUCUCAUUCUAGGUUAAAGCAGAAACAACAAGAAUUUGAUCAGGAUUCAAGUCAUUCAAUCAUUAAAACCUCAAUCGAAUAUAAUCAAUCACAGAAUCAGUACUUGGGUUCAUACAAUCAAAGCCUAACACACAAAUCUAGGGUUCUCCAUACCCAGAUGAAUGGGAGAACUACUCCAUAGAGAAGAAAGCAAAAGCAGAAUCAGACACGGAAUUCAUACUGCAAAGGAUGGAUUCCUACUUCUGGACGUUGAUUGGCACUUCUCCAAGCUCCAACUGGCCUCCAAUGGUGUUGAAGAUCAAUCUAGGGCACUUGGAGACUCUUGUUCGUCGCUUUCUCUCUCUAGAAAUCGCUCUCUUUCUCAAAAACCAGAAUCCUCUCGAAUUGUGGCUGAAAUUCUGCUUAAAAGGGGAAAAUCCCGACUCACACGGCCAGGGUGGCACGGCCGUGCAGCUCACCCAGUUGCCCGUGUGAGUCAAAACGCAUCGUUUCAUUUAGUUCGAAUUCCAGGCUCUUUGCACGGCCAGAAUGGCACGGCCGUGUGGACAUCCCCUCUUGCCCGUGUUUGCUCUCGCAGAAUGUGGCACGGCCAACCCGGCCACUUGCACGGCCGUGUCGAUCCUCUGCUCUGCCCGUGUGUGCUCUCGGCAAAACUCGCACGGCCAGGCCAUUACUUCACACGGCCGUGUGAACAUCAGGGCAGCCCGUGUGACCUCCUUUGUAACUUGUCUCGCGCCCGAUCUUCACCCAAUCGACCCCGAACUCGCUCCUAAACCUUCAUUCACUUGCCAGGACCUGAAAUAUCACAAACAAGCACAACCUAGCGUGAAAUCGGUCUAAAACACGAGAAACCACCUCUCAAAUGGUGUAAGAACAGGGGUGAAAACAUGUGUAACUAACGGUCUAUCAUUACUCGAUAUACCGGAUAUACUGAUAUAGGUGAAGCCCCCUCCUCUAUCCUUCGAUAUGUUCUCUCCUUUCUCUCCAUAUCCCUUAAGAAAAAAUUCUCUCUGAACCCAUAAACAUAACCUCGUUGUGAGAGAUUUGUACGAAACCCUCUCAUCUCUUUCUCGAUUUGUUGAUCUGGACCAUGAUGUUGCUGGUUCGUCAUCUUGACUCUUGAGAGGGAUACACGGUCACCAAUUCAUAGCUGAUUUGUUGAUCUAAAAUUCGCUUGGCCAACCACUGCUUUUCUCCACUCCUCUGUCGUUGCCAUUAUGGAGAACCCAGAACCCGAUCCGACCCCUAGCUCUCGGUUUCAAUUCCAGAUUCGGCGCCAUGCAAACUACCUCGCGAGUUGGUUCUCAUUCCAUCUCGAUUCCAUAUUCUAACAUGCCGACGACGAAUCACACUCCUUCUUGAGUCUAGAUCUGGCGCCAUGUUAACCCCCUCACACGGUGACUCUCUCUUCCUCCGAGGCCAGAUUCGACGCCAUAUUGUCUCUCUCAAGCGGCGGUUCUUAGUCCCUCUCGAUUCCACAUUCGGAUCUGUCGCCGGGAUAUGAUGGUUUCCACAUGUCGUCGUAAAACUAGGUUCCAUUUCUAGUUUCCACUGCUCCGAUUACAAAGGAUUCAUUGGUGAACAGCCCUAGGGAGCUAGCAGAUGGAGAAUGGGUCUUGGAUAUUGCCUCUUUCUUACUGUCAGAUUUUUCUUUGAUUUGAAGUUUAAGAAGUUGCUGUAGCAGACCCGUCGAAGCUGCUGCUUUGCCUUGGAAGUUUCCCCAUUCAUCGAGAGGAGAGGAAGUCAAACCAGUUGUUCGAUAUCUUGAACGGUAACCUUUACAUGCAAGCCAAUUAGUCAGUAUACUGGAAGUUACCCACUAUCGGUUGUCGGCAACAGAUUUGGUCAUUUUGGUAUACCGAUAACUAGUUAUACCGGUACUGACCAAUUACCAGCCCUAUCCAUGAGGACUUCCAAGAGGGGGCUAUAUGCCUAUAUCUACACCAUAGCCCAUCACAUUGAUGAGCAUAGGGAGGAGUAUGGAUUUGUCUAUGGGACACCUUGGCGAGGGAAGGACCAAUCUAUCAUCAACCGCUUUAACCUGUGGAGUCGACAGGUGACAAGCAAGAGAGUGGACCUUUCCAACAAUACUUUCCCACAAUACUCUGCGUGGACGGUAUCAGGGAGACCAACUGUGCACCUAAUGAGACUACUUGAGCAUGGAUUUGGAGUUGGACACCCACCACCACCACCUUAACAUGACGAAUAUGGAUUCCAGCUAUCAGAGUUGAGAGAAUCCAUAGUGAGGCAAGAGGAGAACCUGACCAACUACCAGACUAUGAACGAGCAACAUUGGGAUGACCUUGAGCAUGAGAAACAAAUGGAGCUUGAGGAGACUCGAUCUUGGCUCCGGAGAUUGGAGAUAGAGCAUCAAUGGAGCCACUCAUGGAUAAAGGACUUUGAUAGAUCUUUCAUGACCCUCUUCCCAAGAAGUGGACCACAACAAGAAGGACUCAACAUGUAGGAUUUUUAGAUUUUAGGAAACCCUUCCCUUUAAUUUUCUUUUGUUUGACAUUUCAAGUCUCUUCAAAACAAUAUUGAAGAACUAGCUGCUAUAAAUGAUGAAUUUGAAU